CCAAACUGUCACUACUGUCAUUUCUCAUACUGUCAACUUCCAAUGAAAACAUCUUGGCAGUGUUUCUUGCACCGAAUUUCACCAAUAUUCCCAGUUUCUUCCCGAUUUAAAUAGACCUGCCGUGUGCGUUCGCCCUGCUGAAGGUCCGAGUUUAGUUCUUCAGGUUUCCUAGACCCAAACAGUAGGCAGGGCUCAUUCAUAGCCUUAUGCAACUCUAGAAUUUUGACAGCGCCUUUGACCUUCCAACUGUGUGCCGGGCAGCCCGCCCGGAGCCCCGUCCCAUCCUGCACCCCACAAGUACAAUGGCGGUGAGUCGAGUUCCGAGUCCGCCGCCACAAGAGGUAAACACGCCUGUAGCUGAGAAUUGGUGCUACACACAGGUGAAAGUGGUGAAGUUCAGCUACAUGUGGACCAUCAACAAUUUUAGCUUCUGUCGGGAAGAGAUGGGCGAAGUACUGAAAUCGUCCACCUUCUCGGCGGGUGCUAAUGAUAAAUUGAAAUGGUGCUUGCGCGUGAACCCUAAAGGGCUGGACGAGGAAAGCAAGGACUACUUGUCCCUCUACCUGCUUUUGGUGUCCUGCAACAAAAGCGAGGUGCGUGCCAAGUUCAAAUUUAGCAUCCUGAACGCGAAACGGGAAGAGACCAAGGCGAUGGAGAGUCAGCGGGCUUAUCGCUUCGUGCAAGGCAAAGACUGGGGUUUCAAGAAAUUCAUCAGGCGCGAUUUUCUGUUGGAUGAAGCGAACGGCCUUCUGCCGGACGACAAGCUGACUAUUUUCUGCGAGGUAAGUGUUGUGGCGGACAGUGUUAACAUAUCUGGACAGUCAAACACCAUCCAGUUCAAAGUACCCGAGUGCCGUUUGUCGGAUGACUUGGGGCUGUUGUUCGAAAACCAGAAAUUCAGUGACGUGACGCUCUCCGUCGGCGGACGAGAAUUCCAGGCACAUAAGGCCAUCCUGGCAGCGCGCAGUCCGGUGUUCCAAGCAAUGUUCGAGCACGAGAUGGAAGAGCGCAAACAUAAUCGCGUGGACAUCACUGAUGUGGACCACGAAGUGCUGCGAGAAAUGCUGCGCUUCAUCUACACCGGCAAAGCACUGAAUCUAGAAAAAAUGGCGGAUGACCUGUUAGCGGCCGCCGACAAAUACGCGUUGGAGCGGCUGAAAGUGAUGUGCGAAGAGGCCCUUUGCACAAACCUCUCUAUUGAGAACGCGGCCGAGAUCCUGAUACUGGCCGACCUCCAUAGCGCCGACCAGCUCAAGGCGCAAGCCAUCGACUUCAUUAACACGCACGCCACUGAUGUCAUGGACACACCCGGCUGGAAAUCAAUGAUCCAGACGCAUCCCCAUCUGAUAGCCGAAGCGUUUCGAGCGCUAGCGACGCAACAAGUGCCGCCGAUCGGACCGCCCCGAAAGCGGGCAAAGCAGAGCUGAAACAGCAUGCAGCCGCACCAGUAAAGAGACUGUCAAACAUGUGUUCAAAAAGGGCGGCGCAAAAGCGCCCCCAAUUGGCUGGCAGGGGCUAUAGUUGCGUGCGUGCUGCCACCAACCAGACUACCUCAUUUGAUUUCGGUUUCAUACGGCGAUUUGUUUCAGUUGCGUCUUCAUCGGCUUUAUGUGUUUCCGUUGUAUGUGCGCGCGCGGUAUGGCAUCAAAUGUGUAUACUUAUCUGGACCCAGUGGCCGACCUUUAGGGUUUUUGCUAGUUUAUUUUAGUUCUCCCAGCCAGAAAGAACUUAUUUUUUUGACGGGCUCUCAGUGUUCCAAGUGGGGUGGCCUUUACUAUUGUCGAAAUCUGCCCAGUUUUCAGCGUAUUUCGUUUUCUUAAUAAAGUUCAGUUCUGUUUAGCACAGUUGCCAAACGCAUCCAGUAGCCUCAAAUUUCUCUUCGCCCUUGCCAAAAGCGCUAGACAAUCCAACCAGGGUUGUGGGCAGAAGAAUGCAUUUCAGCUACUGAUCGUCACCAGCCUCUUCAAUUGGAUCAUCUACGUCCCACCGGCUUAUCGGGGGCUCACGGUAAUUGCAUUACAGCCUUAUCACGACUUAACGUUUCGGCAUAAACAUGUUUGUAUUUACUAUGGGAUAAGAUCGAGAGGAUUAGGGUAUUUGCGGGUAUAGGCCGUCCCCGUUGGCGCACAUUUGUGCGCCAAUUGUAGCGCCACGCCUUCGUAAACAGUUGCUAUUCCGGUCGAUUAACUCUGUCUAAUCCCUCAUUAUCCGGACGAUCAAUAGCGGAAAUCGGAUUAUUGAUGAGUGAUUAGCUAUAAUUGAGGCGCAGCUUCUGGUCCAAAUCCAGUGUUCUGAGCGACAAUGGCCAAUAACUGCAUUUUGAUAGCUGCAGCACUGCUGCUGCUGUGUGUCGCUGAGCGGGCCGGAGCCGGCGUCCUAAAGCCCGGCGAUUAUGCAGCUGAUCAGCUGCUUGCUUACCAGCCGUCGCAGCGCCAGCACAUUGCCCGGGAGGAUUUGGACGCCGAGUUUGAAGUCAAGUGCUGCGCCAAGUGCAUUUACAUACCUGGGUAUGGGUGCUACGACCCCACCGACCCGUCCGAGUAUCCGCCGGUGUAUCCAGACCGGAUAUAGGCCCUAUUACGUUUAGUACCUGGUCAGCCUCUUUUGUGGUGUCUUUAACAUUAAACAAUUAUCUCGUUA